UGGAGCCAGGACCGUCAGCUGAGCGCUCCUCCUGCUCCAUCCAUCACUGCCAUUCCGCUUUCAGUCACUAGGGAGAGACUCCGAACUGGGGAAGCUGCUGUUAUCACCCUCAAAGAGUCCCACAGCAGGCUGACAGGAGCAGAGUCUGCACCGCACCGCCAUCCGCACACCGGCCUGCGGGACGCGUCGCUCUCUCUCCGUCCGGGAUGGAGAAAGACGCCUCUGAACCGGACCCAUCCCGCCAGCGGAACGGGGUCGUGGGCGUGCUGUACGGGGAGUUCACCGACACGCUCAACGACGGGGUCCGGUACUCGGUGAGCUUGACGGAGAGCUCCCUGACCAUCCAGAGGAUCUCCUCGUCACCCGGCCGGACUAAGGUGGUUUUUAACUUGACCGACUGUGUGGGCUGCCGGGCGCACAGAGGGCCGGACAGCGCGGACGUCGGCGCCUACUUUACAGCCUAUUUCUACCCGUUCAAGAGGCGCUGGAUGAGCGCCGGAGUGGCCCGGCAGAGAGUGGAGCAGUGCUUUCGGGUCGCGCUGGUCCAGGACCCGCUCGCAAACCUCCAGGAGGCUGAGAGGUGGGCUUGUGCCAUCAGAGACGCCUCGGUGCUGCAGGCGCCCCGGAGAGACGGUGUGGCGUAUAUGGAGGUGCGUCGGCCCUGCAGAGUCAUGAUUCUGGUGAACCCUCACAGCGGCCGGGGCCAGGCUCUCCAGCUCUUCACCGGCCACGUACAGGGCAUGCUCACUGAGGCCGCCGUCCCCUACACACUCGUCAUCACAGAGCACCAGAACCACGCACGGGAGCUGGUGAGGAAGGCGGAUCUGUCGCAAUGUGACGCUCUGGUUAUCAUGUCUGGAGAUGGGCUGCUGUUUGAGGUGAUAAAUGGUCUGAUGGACCGAGAGGACUGGCAAGAGGCCAUCCAGACCCCUCUGGGUAUUCUACCAGGUGGCUCAGGCAACGCCCUGGCCGCCUCUGUCCACCACUACUCACAGUCGCCUCCAGCCUGGAACGAGGAGCUUUUAUUGAGCUGUGGCUUCAUGCUAUGCAAAGGUCUGGUUGGCUCCAUGGACCUGGUGUCGAUCCACUUGGCCUCCCGGCAGCGCCUCUUCUCCUUCCUCUCCCUGACAUGGGGCUUCGUAGCUGACGUCGACAUCGAGAGCGAGAAGUACCGCCAUGUUGGAGCAAUCCGCUUCCUGAUGGGCACUCUGGUGCGUUUGGCCUCCCUCAGAGUCUACCAGGGCAGGUUGGCGUAUCUGCCUGUUAAGGAGGCGCCAAAACUUCCAAAAGGGAGCAUCAAGACUAAACACCCUCCCUCCACACCGCAGCACCCCUCGCUCUGCUCCUCCCUUCCCUGCCGCCUCAUCCCCAACACCUCCCCGAACCAGAACUCUCGCCACAAUCACAUCAGCACAAAUUCCAACCACAACACAAUCACCAACUCCUCCAACAACACCAUCACCACCAAGAGACCUGAGACCCAAAGUGACGGCAAGACCAGAGCACCGGAGGACUCUCUGCUUCCUGGCCUGGACCAGCCAGUCCCAGAGAGCUGGACAGUAGUCAAGGAGGAGGACUUUGUCUUGGUGCUGGCUAUUUACCAGUCCCACCUGGCUGAGGACCUGUGGACAGCCCCUGGCGCCAUGGCAGACGACGGGGUGAUUCAUCUCUUCUACGUGACAGCAGGAAUCUCCCGUCCGGCCCUCCUGCGCCUUUUCCUCGCCAUGGAGAAGGGCGGCCACUUGGCGUGCGGCUGCCCCCACCUGGUGUACGAGAAGGUGAAGGCCCUGCGGCUGGAGCCCGUAUCGCCACAAGGCAUGAUCACUGUGGACGGGGAGAUGGUGGAGUACGGGCCUGUUCAAGCGCAAAUCCACCCCGGACUGGCCAGACUCAUUUGUGGAUGAACUUGGAUUAUCUUAAUCUUUUUCUGGCUCUAGAGCUUUUUCUAGUUUGGCCUUUUAUCCUCUGUGUCGAUUUCUUUCUAUAUGCUGUUUUCAGAAGUGCCAAAGACGUUUUAUCAGCCUCUGGAAAUUCCUCUAUUUUUCUACAGAAACAACUUGUCCUAUUUUUAUGGACCCCCACCGCCGUCCCUUCUUUCUCUCAAUGUUUGAUUCAGGGUCAAAGCCAUGGAUGGUUGUUAUGCUGCUGGCUGGUCCCAGCUUAGAGAAAUGCAUAGAGAUUUUGUGUGUGUGAGUGUGUGUGUGCAUAACCUUAGACAGAUAUUUAUGUCUGUUUGUGUGCAGUUGUGUGAAUGUGUGCAUGAGGAGCUUUGGCACAUAGCGGUGCAGUGGCUGAGGAGUGCAUUGUGCACUCUGCUGUCGGACCUCAUAAGCAUGACACACGUGAAGAGAAGCACAUUUUUCCCGUCCUGAGAGGCUUGUGGAGAAACCACGCCUCUUGUCCCACUGUACUACCCCAGGCCGACAAUCUCCCUCCUGGGCAGCCGCUGUGACAGCGCCGCCUCCCCCCCCCUCAGCCUGGUAAAGAGGAGCUUUCUUACCGAGGAGAUAUAAAUCCCACAGGGAUUUGAUGUUGAAAAAUCUUUAAUCUUUGCGUAGCUUAUAUAAACUCAAAUAAUAAUACCAGAAACAGUCACAAUAAGCAGUGAAAUCAACCUGCCUUUCUCCUUUCUGUUUGUGGAAACUUCCUCCAGCUGUUUGUACAUGAAGUGAAACCUGGCCAGCUGAGGUUACACCACUGUCCGCUCUCUUACCCUUUUUCAUCUGCAACCAUCAUCAAACUGUAGAAAACGCCUCCACUCACACAUAAACACACUUUCUUUUCCCCAUCCCCCCGCCUCCUAUGCACAGCUCCUCACAUACACUCAUACACACACAUUCCCUUGCAUCUCUGCAGCACUUAGCGAGGGGGAGGGGCAUGGUCUGCUACUGUGCAUAUGAUCCCCUCUCCUCUUUCCAUCUCAAGAUUGUACUCUCCCUCCCUCCUUUUGGUUAAUGAGCCAUCAGCACCUAAUGUGUCCUUAAUACGAAGCUUUACAUCUGCAAAGGCGUGCGAAAUAGAGUUUUUUAAUCACACGGAAGCUUUUAAGUGAGUUUCAGCGCUUAACACUUAUCAGACUGGUGGAAGCUCACUGAAGUGGAGAGAGCAGGGUUUUCACACCGGGUCGGUCAGCGUUGCAUAUUGAGAGGCAUGCGAUCAAUGUGAGCUGGAGGGAGUCAAGUGCUCUGCUCCGCUGUGUGGCCUUUUCGCUGGUUGCCAGUGCUGCGGUGAUGAGCAUUAGUGCACCGGAGCAGAGGAGAGUGCAUAUGUUAGCAUUAUCAUCAGCCACCCCCCCACACACACACACAUUCUCUCUCACACACACCAGUUUAUUUCAGGUCAUGAUGACCCACAGGUAUGUAGCAGCUGCAUAUCAUCACUUAGAGAAUGAGCUAUCUUUCAUGACCUUAAAAACAAAAAUCAUAUUCUUCAAUUAUUAGAAAAAAAUAAAGAAACAGGAAGUCAACAGGGUAAAGGAGACAUUACUGUAUGAAUGCUGAUGCAUCUGCUAACAACAAAAUCACCUCUCAUGAUAAAAGUGAAAAGCUGACAGGCUAAUGGUGUUGAAAGAACUGCUGAUUAUAAGCUUUUGGGUUUUGAUGAGUACAUCACUGUCAUUCUGAGCUCAAUACAGUCAAUGCAGUGAGCUGAUAGCGCACAUUAUUUUCCUGCUGGAGCUUGUGAACAAGGAAAGUGUUUGGCUUCCGCUGGAAGAAGUGUAAAUAUGAAAAAUUCUUCACAAAAUGCAAAGCAAAGGGAGGUUAUUUUAGGGAC